AUGUCUAAUAUUAAUGGUUCUACAUCUAACCUCACACAGACUCUGGUAGAUCGAGAUGCGCCUCUGAAAACAUUCUUGUGCGUCACUCCAUGUGUUAUUUUUCUCUAUGUCAAUGGUGUUAUGAUGUACACUUUGAGGAAAAAGCCUGUUUUUCAGGAGACAUCUCGCUAUAUUCUGUUUGCCCAUAUGCUUUGGCUUGAUACGCUCCACCUUUUUAUGAGUGUGGUGCUGUUUGUUUGUGCUGUUAGCAGGAUUUUUAUUUUUAAAAAUAUCUGCAUCAUUCUUCUUGCGGCAGCUCAAUCUCUUUAUCAGGUUGCAUUACUGAAUCUGGCUUUAAUGUCACUGGAAAGGUAUGUGGCUAUUUGCUUCCCUCUUAGGCAUGCAAAAAUCACCAGUUACAGAAGAACCAACAUAGCCAUUGCUGUCGUGUGGGUAAUAGGUUUGAUUCAGUGUUUGUCUGAGAUGAUUAUCUUCUACUCCAUUGAUUCUACAAACACAGUGAUGAAUUUGUUCUGCUCUAGAACUACUCUUUUCAGACUGCAGAUCUAUAAGAAACUUGAAAUAGCUUUCACAUGUAUAUUUUUUGUGACCGUGUGUUUCAUUAUCAUCUUUACUUAUGCCUCUAUAGCAGCUGUGGCUAAAACGGCCUCCAGUGAUAAAGCAUCAGCCAAAAAAGCUAAUAAGACCGUUCUGUUACAUCUAAUACAGCUGGGUCUCUGUGCUGCAUCUAUUUUAGUUGGAGUAAUCCAAGAAGUCAUCUAUGUUUAUACUGACUACAUGACAUCACUACAUGUAAUGUAUUUUUGUUUUGUAGUGUUUAUGAUCUUCCCCAAAUGUCUGAGUCCUCUUAUAUAUGGCCUGAGGGACCAGGCUUUUAGCUGUUUGUUUAAAUACUACUUCACAUUUGGUCUAAAAAAGCAAAACAAAUGUAAUACUGAGAUUCAUUUGGUAGGAGGGGGCUGA